AUGUAGAACUGGCCUUGGGAACCCAUCUCCUCUUUCACUGAGCCCUCUGCAGGGCCGUGUUGCCCCCUCUCAUCCCCCUCCUGCAGCGCACCAAAAGAUCCCCCUCCCUUAGAGGAAAUGGCCGAUCAUCAUCAUCAGGUUAAGACUUCCUUCCUCUUUAUUCGACUGCAGUCGCCCUCUAAGGCCCAUGACCUGCCGUAUCCUGCUGACACUGCCAGCUCCAUCGCCACAGAGGAAGGAGGGUCGACGAACAACUCGGCUGGAGCUAUAGUGACAUCCACAUCUGUAGCCGCAGCACCCAUCCCACCUGACCACAUAGAGGACUGCAGUGUCACGGCCUUGAGAGUAGACAUCAACUCAAAUCAAGAAGUAGACGAAAAAGCCAGAGAGAGAGGGGAAACAUCCGAUUAUUCAGCUCAUGCUGGAGAUGUGGCUUCGGUCGUCUCAGGGGACCCUCAGACUCAGAACUACCAGAACUUAUUGUUGAAAGCUGAUCUGGAAUCAGUGACUGGAUUACAGGACCAUAGUCUCAGUACCUCGGAGUCGGAUUUCCCUGUUUGGGUCCUGCGGGAGGACAGUCCUCAGACAAUGAUGAACAAGGACAAUCAACAGCCACUAGCGGGGACACCAACCACCACUAAACCAGCACCCCACUCUCAAGCUUAUUCUGCAGCACCACGAGUAAGCUUCCUGCACCCAGCAGAAGGAUCCGUGCCCGACACCCACGGGCCCAAGGCCACUGAGAUGGAGAUGGACAAGCCAAGCCAGAAGCCUUUCCAUCAGGCCCCGGCCCCAGCCCCACCACCUACCCAACCCAACGUGGCUCCCAGCCCCCAUUGCCCCAGCAGCACUAACAGUUGGGUUAGCAGUGCAAAGCAGAAGGAGGCUGGUGAGAAGCCAAGAGGUCCACAGAGUGGUUCACAAGUGUUCCUUAGAAGUCCAGAAGAGCGCAAGACCUUUCUGUAUGCAGUCAAGGAGAGGUCCUCAAAGGUACCUGGAGACACGUACAGGAACGCAGUGACAAGGAGUCUCUCCACGUCUAUAGCUGUCACUCAAUCCAGUGUUGUGACCUCACCGGCUUCUUCUUCAGAGCCUUCUGUGGUGAGCUCAGCUAUGUCAAAACCCACAGUCUCAACAGUUGCUGCUCCAUCCUCUGUGAUCAGUGCUGCUCGUCCCUCCAUGAUAAAGCCUGUUCCAGCUCAGAAGGCUGAAACGUUUGUUUGGGUUAACAGCUCGUCUUCACACGCUCAAAGUGUUGCGAAGGCCAAGUACCAGUUUCUCUUUGGAAAAGGAGACGAGACCAGCUCUACUGAAAGCGUUUCAGCAUCAACCUCUCACGUCUUAGCGGACGAGGGGAGUAGUAGCACCAGUCUAGACACCUGUCUCCAGGACGAUGACAUCGAUGAAACCUCGCUGUUCCUGGAGAUCGACCGUGAGCUGGCCAACCUGCUGAGCGGCCUCAGCGCCAGGAGCCAGAAUGCUCCAGCCGCCCACGCCCAACCUGUGGACAGCCUACACCCAGCGGACAGUAGUGAACAUCAGAGCGCAGCCAUCAUGAUCCCCUGUAGCGGUCAAAACGGGGCCUCGCAGGAUGUUUCCAGCCGGACCUCAGAGAGAAACGGUGAGGGGGAGGAGACCAAUGUGGACCUGGACAUGUCUGGCCUGGGCCUUGUUCCACCGGGAGACCCACUCCUCUCGCCCACCUUCCUCCUGGACUCGUGGACGGAAACGCUGCUGAAAGAUACGGCUUCCCUGAGCUCCGCGGCCCAGAAGGCCUUGGGCGUCUCCACCGUGGCGGCCGAGGUAAACGGAGACUUCAGGAAUGCGCCCGCUGCGAACUGCCAAGAAAAAACAAGUGCCGGCCUGACAGCUGCUGCAUUCACAUCUGGGCCAUGCUCAGGGGCGGGUGUGGUACCCGUGGUGGACCAGUCUGAACCUCCCAGGAGGGGUUCAGAGGCAGCGACCGAGCCUGCCGGAGGGGGGCUGCUCCUGGACGAGGAGUCCCUGGAGGAGUCCAGUAAAAUCCUGGCCGAGAUCCCAGGCAUCUUCACCGCCUUCCUAGACGGGGGCCAGCUGAGGGAGAAGCCCCCUAAGAAACUGCGAUUUGCGGAGAGCCGGCCAGGGAGCACGACGACGGUGGUGGCGGCGACAGACGUUUGUGGUCAGAUGGGACAUGAGCGAGGUAGUGAGGACUCGGAGAAGGGACUGGAGGGACGUAGGAGCUGCAGCAGUCUGAAGGUAGAGAGCUCAGUGGACAGUCUGAGUCCUCUAGAGAGACUCCCCUGCCGGCUGUCCCUGGAGGACGAGGUGUUCCGGGUGCUCCCUGACAUAUUUCUGCACCAGAGCCCUGAUGGAGACGCGGCACGGGAGCCCAGCUCAGAUAGGAGUACGAAGACCAAUGGCAGCGAGGACCUGUCGGAUAACCGGGAUGGCAAGGAGACAUCGGAGAGCCAGGAGGCCACCGACGUCUUCAGCUCGCAGUUCGAGAGCAUCCUGGAGUCAGACCGUUUCCGUAGCACCCUUUACAGCAGCCUGGACUCUCUGGAUGCCCUAUCCUCCUCGGCUGACGACGAGGCGGACUCGGGCUUCACUUUCGACAUGCCCCUUACUCCCAUGAUCCAGCAACGCCUCAAGGAGACAGGCCACUUCGUGGAGUUGUUGCCCGACGCGGGGCGCCAGCGGGAGCGCCAGGAGCUACUCAGCGUCACGACCACGGGGAAGGGCGGGAAAGCCGCCCUGGAAGUGACGUCUUCCUACCUAGAGGAGGUGGUAGCGAGUGGGGACCCCGCUUUCAGCGGCCAAUCAGAUAAACAUUCCAGCGGACCCCUGGCCAAUGGGGUGGAGCGGGACCCAAAGGACUGGCUGCACGGCUGCCUGAGCAGUGAUGCAGGGCUGAAGACGGCGCUGUCGGACUGGGACUCAGACAUGGGCAGCACGGAGCGGCUGAAGGACAGCACGGACACACUGCUCAAUGGAAACCGAGGAGACCAAGAGGGGGCCCAGCGCCUCGCACGACGGCUCUACCACCUGGAGGGCUUUCGCCGCUCCGACGUGGCCAAGCACCUGGGAAAGAACAAUGACUUCAGCAAGAUGGUUGCUGAAGAGUACCUUACAUUUUUUGAAUUUACAGGGAUGACAUUGGACCAAUCUCUCAGAUCUUUCUUGAAAGCUUUUGCACUAAUAGGCGAAACCCAGGAGAGAGAACGGGUUUUGAUCCACUUUUCCAAUAGGUACUAUCAAUGUAACCCCACCGUCAUCUCCUCACAAGAUGGAGCCCAUUGCCUUACAUGUGCUCUGAUGCUGUUGAACACGGACCUUCAUGGCCAUAAUAUCGGGAAGAAGAUGACGUGCCAGGAAUUCAUCAAUAACCUGGAAGGGUUAAAUGGAGGACAAGAUUUCCCCCGAGAGCUCCUAAAGGCCUUGCACAACUCAAUCAAAAACGACAAGCUGGAAUGGGCCAUAGAUGGCGAUGAGCUGAAGAAGUCUCUGUCUGAGCUGGCAGACAACAAGGACAAUAAAAGUAUCACGCGGAUCAGCAGUGGCAGUAACCCCUUCCUGGACAUUGCCCACGACCCCAACGCCGCAGUCUACAAAACAGGCUUCCUGGCCCGCAAAAUCCACGCCGACAUGGACGGCAAGAAAACACCAAGAGGAAAGCGAGGCUGGAAAACAUUCUAUGCUGUUCUCAAAGGAAUGAUCCUCUACUUGCAGAAGGACGAGUACAAGGCUGAGAAGGCCCUCUCAGAGGAGGACCUAAAGAAUGCCAUCAGCAUCCACCACGCCUUGUCCAUCAAAGCCGUGGACUACGAGAAGAAGCCCAACGUUCUCAAGCUCAAGACAGCCGACUGGAGGGUCUUCCUCUUCCAGGCCCAGAGCCCAGAGGAAAUGGACUCUUGGAUCAGAGUAGUCAACUCUGUGGCAGCCAUGUUCUCUGCCCCCUCGUUCCCCGCCGCCAUUGGCUCUCAGAAGAAAUUCAGCCGUCCACUGCUACCGGCCACCACCACGAGGAUGUCACAGGAGGAACAGCUGAAGUCUCACGAGGCGAAGCUGAAGCACGUUUCCACAGAGCUGGCAGAGCACAGAUCCUACCCUCCUGACAAGAAGGUUAAAGCCAAGGAGAUCGACGAGUACCGACUCAAAGAGCACUACCUGGAGUUUGAGGAGAACCGCUAUGAGAUGUACGUCAAGCUCCUGAGGGAGGGCGUGAAGGAGCUGCUCAUUGGCAAAGAUGGCGACGCGGGCCUCAAGAAGUCCCAGUCCAGCCCCUCUCUCAACCAGGAGGGCCAGCCGGCCGCGGCCAAAGUCAAACGCAACACCUCGGAGAGGAGACCCGAGACGCCGCCCAAGGUCACAUAGGAAGCUACCCCCCCUCGCGAGCCUGUGAAAGAGCCAUGAAUACGCAACAAAAGUGUGUGAAUAUAUUUUCUGUAAUUUAUUUAUCUGGCCACUGUUUUAACAAAAACAGUUGUGUAAAAUGUAAAUGAUGAAUACUCGUCCUUAAAUUGACUGGCGUAGCAUUUUUGUAUGGAAACAUUGCAUUAUGUUUGUGGUCCUUUUAUUUUGAUGUUGAUGUUGUCAUUCUUGUAUUGAACGUAAUAUUGUUUGUGACCCAUUUGACUCUAUUGCUUUAUUCAAUAUUGCUGUAUUGUUCCUUCCUCUCAUAAAAACCAUUUAUUUGCCUUUCAGUCAAGAGAGAGGAUUUUUCUUGUCUCCAGUUUAGUGGAAUUACCAACGCUAGCUCUUGGAUAUAUAAAUAGUGGCUAGAUGUAGAAUAGUCUUACUCAGAAGUUUUUAUUUUGAUAUGUAGUUUAAGUAAACAUUGGACAUAUUGAACCAGUUAAGUUGAGUAUUUUACACAAAUAUGGCUUCCAUUGAGAAUAGGCAGGUGAUUUGGACAUCCAAUUUCCUCCCAGCUUUUCCUCAUUUUUCAACCUUUUUAAGGUUCCUUUCACCUGGGAAUGUUUAUUUUUCAUACAGAAGAUGCACCAAGGUGUAAAUCCUGGAAAGGGAUUAAUUGUGGAUCUAAAAAAAUGUGGUUAGGAUCUUCAGUCUCUUGCCUCUCAUUUACAACAGUAAUAACAACCCCAGAUAAAACACAGUAAUGUCCUUAGUUGUGUGGAAGGCUGCACUAUCAUGUUAGAAAACGCAGUUCAAAAGCGUUCCAAUCCCUAAUUUUGCACAUUAACAAUUUGGGAUGUUUAAACAUAUUCCCCAGAUUGGGUCAGUCGCAGCUGCAUCCGUAUCUUUUCAGACUGCAGUAUUUCACUGAUGUUGGACUUGAGAUCAGAGUUUAUGCAGCUGAGCCAUUUAUUUUUUUAUCCUUUAUUGCAAAAAAUAUACUUCUGCUUUUUGAGUAGUGUAAAGACCAAUGCCUCUUGUCUUUUCUAAUCGUAUGUGUUUUAGAUUCUAAGUUGAAAACUAUUGUUGUAAAGAUCAAAUUUAGUAUUUAUAGUGCACUUUAUAAAUGAGUUCUUUUUGGAUAUUAUAGAGAGCUUUAUAAAGGUUAGACUGCUAUGUUUCUUUGACAUCACAGGUUUUUCAGGCAGAACUAUUUUUGUUUUCUUGAAGGUACUUGAGCGCGACAGUUCAGUAGGUUUCCGUCAGCUCAACUCGUAAUGUCGUCUUAGUUUGUUUUAAGUGGUUCGGUAGUUUUGCUGUCCUAGGUAGAUUUGUUGAUUGACAAAGUUUCCUUUUAGGGAACUAUUUAUAGAUCUGUACUUUGCAAAUAUUGCCUUUUUCCAAUGCUGGUGAUAUUACAUUUAUAAUAUCAUUUACACAUGCUGGUGAUAUUACAUUUAUAAUAUCAUUUACACAUGCUGGUGAUAUUACAUUUAUAAUAUCAUUUACACAUGCUGGUGAUAUUACAUUUAUAAUAUCAUUUACACAUGCUGGUGAUAUUACAUUUAUAAUAUCAUUUACACAUUUUCAUUAGAAAUAUUACUGACAUUUGAACGACAUAAGCAUUUAGUUAGACAUUGGAUUGUAUGUCUACACUUCCACAAUGGACUUUUGCAUACCAACAUAUGUUUUGUCCUUACCAAAAGGUUUGCGUUUUUUCAUGUAUUGAAGAUUUUGGAAGGAAUUUAGCUUUUUAACAUGUUAUGAAGAAACAUUUGUAAUGAUGCAAAGCCAAUUUGAAAAUGUACUUUGUUUUUGGAAGACAUGAGGCUAGUACCGAGUCUUUACAGUUAAAAUAUAUAUAUUGUUUACUUUAAAUGUUUGAUUAUUUUCACUUUAUUGUAUAACUUUUUUUAUUUUCUCUUAAAUUCUCUACGAAGACACCAAAUAGAAUGUGUUAGUAGAGCUCGAUGGUAAUAGCCAACUAAAUAUACCUAUAUCCGUAAUGCAUGUUUUUAGACAAACGUUCUACAGUAGUUUGUGCUAGCUAGCUAGUGUGCAAACCUUUUCCUUGGAAAUGUUCUCCUCACAUAGUGGCACUAUUUGACCUGUACGAUUAUUGUGAAAGUUAGUGAGUGUUUUGACAUUGAAGCACUUAAUAUAGACAAUACAUGUGGUACAUUUAUCAAAGGUUUCAAGUUAAUAUCACGAGACCUUAACAGCUGAUUCUGUUAUAUAAAUGUGAGGAUAGUAUUUUGGUUUAUAUACAGAAGUCCAUAUGAAGAGGUCUACCCUUGAAUUCAUUUUGAAUAUAAUAUUAAAUGUUUUUUAUUCUUUUAACCUUUUGAUAUUUUAUCGUAAGACGAUGGCUGACCCCUUGAAGACAUCUAUAGUUAAAAUUCCUCCGUAGUUUAAACUUAAUCCCAGUAUUUUCUUAUGCAGAUACAGUAAUCCUUUGUUCAGACACAUUAAAUGUAGGAUUUAACAUAUUGCUAUUUAUCAGUUGGUACACUUAUUACAUUUGCCCAUUUUCAGAGGAUUUUAAGUAAAUACAGGCUUUUGUUGUAAUGACACGUUAGCGUAAUCUGUGCUUCUGAGUGGAAUGAUAAAUAAUCUACGUCUAUAUAUGGAAUCUGUGAACUCAUUUUAAACACAACCGUGUAAUACUAUUUUACCAGUGGAUUGUGUUCAUGUGGAACGACUCAACUAAAGCACUGUUUCAAUUGACAUGUCAAAUCUCACCUGAUGUCAUUUCUGAUUUGAUAGUAGAUGGUCUGGAGAAGGAGUAGCGAAGACGGCACAGUAAAUGCGUCAACAUGUGACAUUUUCCAAUUUAAGACUAGCAGUGAUCCUUAUCAGGCGUCUUGUUACCUUUCCCUUAACAUUUACAGCAUUUCUCCAUAUCACUUCGAUGGAGGACUUAUUUUUAGCACUUACCUCUAAUGCUUCUCUCAACCAUAUCUGGCAUAGCCUCUGUACACUGGCGUAUCACUUGUUAGAAUAGACUCAAUCCUGCACCUCUGUCUGUAGACGUGAGAAGACAGACUGUGUGCCCCUAUAGUUCCCAUGCCUCUUGAUUGUUCUAUACCGUAAAAAACAAUGCAACUAAGUCUCCUAUGAGGCUCUUUGUCUCUACACGUACGUACGCAUCAAAUAUCUCUGAAAGCUGUGAUCCUGUACAAUCCUUUGACUCUGUAAAUGUUGUUAAAUAUAACUGUUGCCCUGUUUUUUUUUGUUAGUUUUUUCCCCCCAAAGGCCCAGGAUUGCAUUGUUUGGUUGUUCAAGUGAUCUCUUCUUUGGCCCAGAGCGUGUCUUACGCCCUUAGGUCAGGAUUGGUAACACUAUGUCAGUGGUAAUACAACUGUAGGUGGUUUCAAUUAAUAAAAUACUUAAUUGAA